AUGCUCACGAAGAGCGCGGAGAUGAUCUUCGCAUGCAAAAAGUGCAAGAAAUGCUUCCGCAAGGAUGCCGCUGAAUUUGACGAGAGCGACGAAUACUGCCCACACUGUGAUAACCACUUUGUGAUUGAAGCAGUGGAACCUCAAGCCAAGCUACACGUUGAGGGUGACGAUGCGCGUAUGGACAGUCGUAUGCUCAAGGACGAACGUGUUGCCCGAGACGAGGAGCGCUCCCUCUUCAACAUCCGCGAUGUGUCGGACCGCAUGGGUUAA